UUUUUUUUUUAUUUUAUUUUUUUUUCUUCUCUUUAGAAAUGUAUAUUAGUAGAGCUGUUGUGUUUAUAAGCGUAUUGAUAUUUACAGUCAAUGCACAAACAAUAAGAUUACCUAUCAGUCGACAACGUCGUGCAGACCCAAUGAUAUCAGCUAUUCAAAAGCGAAAUGCAGGCUUAACAAAGAGAGACCCAUUUUUGGCUUCAUUAUAUAACGACCAAGGUUCACAAUACUUGGUCGAAGUCAGUGUAGGUACACCUGCGCAAACCUUUGCGGUUACACUGGAUACUGGAAGUGCUGAUUUAUGGAUUCCGGGUUCAUCUUGUCCUACCAGUGAGUGUCCCAACGGCGUGUUUAACGAGGCUUCCUCAAGUACAUUUAAAAACCUCAACAAAUUAUUCACCUUGACGUAUGGUAUUGGUAGUGUGAAUGGAACGUAUGUCACAGAUUCAGUCUCCAUUUCUGGUGGAACUGUCCAAAACCAACAAUUCGGUUUAGCAUCCGAUACAAAACAGAUCCUAACCAACCCAAACACGAUAUCCGCUUCCCAGAUAGCAAACACAUCAAACAAAAACAUCAAACAAUUAGCAGCAACAAAGGAUACAAGCCCCAAGGCAAAUGGUAUUCUUGGCCUAGGUUUCCCUAAAUUAACUGCUGCCUCCAGUAAAGGUCAAGGUGUCUAUAACCCUUUUGUAUUCAACUUGGCUCAACAAAAUUUGAUUGCCGAUCCCAUCUUUUCCAUUUAUACCAACUCGGCCUCCAAAACAGGUUGGGUAGGCGAAAUCAUCUUUGGCGGCGUGGAUGAAUCCAAAUAUACAGGCAAUAUCACCUACAUGCCCGUUGUCUCUCUCAGCUCCACCAAAACCAGCAGCAGUACAAAUAAAAAGCGUGCAUUGGAUGUCAUUAGUGGUAGUAACUAUUACUGGAUGGUCAAUGGUCAAGGUGUCUCUGUGCAAGAUUCAGAGGAUUCCUCGCGUAACUUAGACCUCAAGUUCUCUUCACCUGGUGCUUUCAUCUUGGAUACCGGUACCACCUUAACUUAUCUCCCUACAGCCAUGGCUCAACAAGUACUCGUGGCCGCCGUGGGCGCAAACGGCUAUACCACCGAUACCAGCUCAGGUACCUAUCUCGUCGAUUGUCAAGCUGUUUCCACCACAACUCAAUUUGUCUUGGAUAUGUCCGUCUCCAGUGCGGCCGAUGCAGCUCCCAUCACCUUGUCGGUUCCCAUGAGUCAACUCUUUAUCCCACUUGACAGUACAUCUAUUGAAACCGCUACGCAGUGCUUGUUUGGUAUUGCACCAAGCGAUAGUGUGGGUGUUGGAAGUAACAUGUACUUGAUUGGCGAUUCCGUAUUGCGCUCUGCUUACAUGGUGUUUGAUAUGGCCAACAAUCGUGUGGGUAUUGCUACCGCCGUGGGUGCCACAGGAAGUAGUGUCGAUGGUGUAUCUGCCCCUUUAGAUAGCAGUGCUUUAAAAGCAACACCCAGCUUGUACCUCACCGUAGUCCUCCUUUUGGCUGUAUUUACUCUUUAAAUGUAUACAUAUAAUUAUACCUGUUUGUUCUUUUUGUAAAUAAUAAUAAAAAAAUACAUGUAAUACACGCAUACAUACGUC